GUGUACGCAGCUCAGUGUUGUCGGCCGGCGUCUAGGCAACGAGGGUGCUGGUCUCUUCCUCUGGCUGCGGUCGCUGUGGAGCUCAGGCCGGCCAGUCUGGUUGAGGUGCACGGCGGCCUUGACUGGGUCUAUGGUCGCUCCGUGGGCCGCUCUGCCGGCUGGUGCUUUUGUAGCAGGGCAAGCAGAGGUCCAUGGCAGGGAACUUCUGGCAGAGCUCCCACUAUUUGCAGUGGAUUUUGGAUAAACAAGAUCUGUUGAAAGAGCGCCAGAAGGACUUAAAGUUUCUCUCAGAAGAAGAGUAUUGGAAGUUACAAAUAUUUUUUACAAAUGUUAUCCAAGCAUUAGGUGAACAUCUUAAAUUAAGACAACAGGUCAUUGCUACUGCUACAGUCUAUUUCAAGAGAUUCUAUGCCAGGUAUUCCCUGAAAAGUAUAGAUCCUGUAUUAAUGGCUCCUACGUGUGUGUUUCUGGCAUCCAAAGUAGAGGAAUUUGGUGUAGUCUCAAAUACAAGAUUGAUCGCUGCUACUACUUCUGUAUGUAAGUGCAAAAAGUGUAUUGUGCUUAUACUAGAAUGUGAAUUUUACCUUUUAGAAUUAAUGGAUUGUUGCUUGAUAGUGUAUCAUCCUUAUAGACCUUUGCUCCAGUAUGUGCAGGACAUGGGCCAAGAAGACGUGUUGCUUCCCCUUGCAUGGAGGAUAGUGAAUGAUACCUACAGGACGGAUCUUUGUCUGCUGUAUCCUCCUUUCAUGAUAGCUUUAGCUUGCCUACAUGUAGCCUGUGUUGUACAGCAGAAAGAUGCUAGGCAGUGGUUUGCGGAACUCUCUGUGGAUAUGGAGAAGAUUUUGGAAAUAAUCAGGGUUAUUUUAAAACUAUAUGAGCAGUGGAAGAAUUUUGAUGAGAGAAAAGAGAUGGCGACUAUUCUUAGUAAGAUGCCAAAACCAAAACCACCUCCAAACAGUGAAGGAGAGCAGGGUCCAAAUGGAAGUCAGAACUCUAGCUACAGCCAAUCUUAGAACACCCGGAGGAAUCCUGUAGUGGACCACUUGGAAGUAAAGCAUGCAACAGUUUGAGUAAGGUCUUCACUGGAAAUCAGAUGCAAGCUAUUGGGAAUUCACUUAAUUUUCACAAAAUAAGUUUUUCUUACUUAAUAUGAUUCUAGUGUAUAAUUUAUUAAAUCUUAAUUACAAAAUUUUGUAAAGCUCUAAGGGACCUACUUAUACAUGCACAGACAUUUCAAAGUUAACUUGUCUCACACAAAUAUAAUAGCUUUUUCUUUUAAUUAAGGCAGGAAACAUAACAUGAAAUGUCAUUUGUUUAAAAUUUUCUUUAGACAUCGAGGGACCAAAAAAAAAAAAGGACAUGAAAAGUCAAUAAGAACUCCCUACCCUCCCCAGUUAAAUUUUAAAACUUUUUUUGUUUGGUUGGGUUUUUCUUUGAGACAGGGUUUCUCUGUAGCUUUGGAGCCUGUCCUGGAACUCACUAAGUAGACCAGGCUGACCUUGAACUCAGGGAGAUCCACCAGUCCCUGUCUCUGUUGUCUCUGCCUCCCUAGUGCUGGGAUUAAAGGCAUGCACCACUAUUGCCCAGCAAAUUUUAAAGGUUUUUUUAAGAAAUUAAAUCUUAGGAAAACCUGGGAUGUUUUGAGAAUUAUAUUUAUAAUUUGGGGGGGAUUAAUCAAGAACUUAACUGAUUUUUAAAAUGUAUUUUAUUCAGUACUUUUUAUAUCAUCACAGAAGAUACUAGCCCAGCCUGUUAAAAAAGUGCAAUAUGUAUGGUCUACUUUGACAUUUUGAAGGUUAUAUUGACUUAUUAGCUGUUUUGAAAUGCUUGGAAACCUGAAAGAAAAUUAUUUGCAAUUAAUUCACAGUUAAUAAACAUUUUAAAAGUUUAAUUUGGUUAAUCAAUGAAGGUGAAAUUUUAAUGUUAAUCUUUAAUCUGUCCUGAGAAUUUUUUUAUGAGAUGCAUACACCCCAGUCUAGUUUUGUGUUUUAGUGUGAGCCGACAGAUGUGCAGCAAGUAUUCUGAGUCAAGAACCUAGUCAGGUUUUAGGCCAGUGUGAUACUGGCUAUUCUUAAUUUUCAUGAGUAUAGACUUGAAAAUAAAUGUUACAUCUGUGAGAUUGGUAUCUCUGGAACGUCAUAAAUUACUCUUUUUCUUCAGACUUGAAGGAAAUGACAAAUAAAAUUUGGAAUAAUGGGGUAUGAGUGUGUAGUCUUGCACGUCUAAAAAAUAAAUCAUGAAAUAAAUUGCUAAGCAUUGACUUCCUAGAUAAAUUGGAAGAAUAAAAGUUAAAUUCUUCAGCUGUAUUUACUAGUGUCUUAAGUUCAUCUUGUUAAGUUUGACUUAGGCUUUCUGAGAAUCUUUCUGCAUGCUAAAUUAAAGCCCCCCCCCCAACUUUGUAAAGGGAUGAUUCCAUAUGGUUUAUAAUUAGAUUGUAAGGAAAGUCUUGAUUCCUUAUGGAAAGUAUCAAAUGAGCUAGAAAGUUGACAAUACAUUACUACCAAUAUGGGCCCUCCUAAGAUUGUGUAAAGAUAAGAAACAAGAAAACAUGCUCUUGCAAGGUCUUAAGGAGUUCAUCGGAGCUUAGCUCGAUGCUUGGUGAUUGCUCAUCAGUCAUUAACUAUGUUUUGUCUUCAAGCUUUUUUUUCAAGUUUAUUUUUUCAGUCAGAUCUUUCUGCUUCAUAGUUAUCUUUGUAAUCUCUUAUUGUAGAAAAUUGAAAAUUUACAAGAGCAGCCAAAGCAGUACAAUAAAUCUCCGUGUAUGUAUGAUCUAGCUUCAACAGCCACUGGUUCAUAGCCAAUUUCAUCUUGCUUCAAAUUCCACACCAGUCUCCAGUUUGCAUACAAUUUUGAAGAAAAUUCCAGAUAUAUUAUUUCAUCUGUAAAUAUUUCAGUAUGUACUCUCAGAGGUAAUGGAUCCUUAAAACACUAUAAAAGUAAAAGUGCUUUUAUAGUUUUCUAUAGUUUUUUUUGUACUUUAUCUAAAAGUUAAUAAAAAUAAUUAUCAAAUGUUACAUUAAAAGUUUCAGUUCCCUUGAAGUUGCAGAACAUUCUAUAUAUUCAUUUAUAAAUCCUAUUAGUUUUAGAUUCAUGAAUUCUUUCUCCAUGUUAUUAAAAAAAAAAUCCCUGUUUUCACUUGUACAUCUAUGAAGUUUCCCAUAGCCUAAAUUUUGCUGUGGGCAUCUUUAGCAUGCCAAUUAGUGUGGGUUUUCCUCUUUGUAUUUCUGUAAAUUGGUAAUUGAACGUGAAGUCUGAUCACAAUGAGAUCAUUUCAUUUUUGCUAAACUACUAUAUAAGGUGGCAGUCACUUCCGUUAGUAACAGAUAGUAGCGUUCUGUAUUGUCACCCACUUAGGACAAAUAUUGUUUUCAGAAUCAAUUACUGUCUUAGGCACACUGUCCAGUAUCAUAGCCAGCAGCCCCUUAGGGUGGAGUGGUUACCAUGUGGCUUGUCUGAAUGCAGAUAUGCUGUAAUGUGUUGGUUUUCAGGUACUUCCUGCAAAAGCAAAAGAAUGUUAAAAUCUCAAUUUGUUUAUAACCAUUAUAUGUUUUAAAUGGUAAUAUUUUGGAGAUAUAGAAUUAAAUAAAACAUUAU